AUCAAGAUGGCUUUCACAAAAGUUUUGUUUAUUCUUUCUGGAAUAGUUUUAACCUUUGUGCAUUUAUCUGUUGAACUAGUUCAACCUCAAUGUCAAGAUAUUGUCACUCAUAUUGGUGACAAUCCAACCCGGUUUCAAUGUACUUACGAAUAUCCAGAUAGUGGUGAUGUUGAACUGGAAAUACAUAAUGGGACUAACGUCGUUCUACCUACCACGGCAAAUGGUAUAGAAAUUAAUCAUCUGCACAAUUCAUCCGGAAAGUAUUUAACAAUCGUAUUUACAAAGGGACUUACUGAGAGUUUGAGUUUGGUCUGUAUCGCAAAACUCGAGAGUAGAUUUCGUCAGAAAACCUGUCUCAUUGUAGUAUGUGUUGAAAAUGAAGAGCCGGUGUGCCAAAUCCCUCCAGUAAACCCCACUCUAUCAUUGUACGCAGUGAAUUGUACUCAUCACUCUAGCUGUAAUACUGUAUUGAAGUGCUUCAUCAAUGGCACUGAAUUGACAUCAAGUCAACGUAAAGAGGGCCAGCAAUACAUAACAGACUUUGGACAAAUCCACCUCGAACAGAACCAAAAAAUGGAGUGUGUUUUGUACCACCCAUAUCUUCAACCUGGCUUCCAGCAACACUUCGAAGUCAAGCCUCCAAUACUGCCUACCAGAAAACCUGACACUGCUACCGAAGAGGCUGAAACUACCGGACCAAGGGCCAAUGGUCAACAACAACAUGGAUCAGUGCUUAUGGUGAUUCUACUUAUGUGCCUUGCAUGGUUGUUUGCAGUAGAUUUUCUGUAAUGAUGUAUGUUUAUUACACUGCUAAGUUGUACAUACUUAUGCAGUAAUUGCCUAGCACUAUUAAAAGCCACCCAUGAGAAUGGUUGUGCCGUACCUUUUUA